AUGUCCGAUACCAAGGCAACCAUGAGGUUGCUGCUCUUUUGUGCUCUAUAUGCUGCAAGCAUUCAUGUGAUCUUCUCGCUUACGGACCCCAGUGACGCUUCUGUGCUCCAAACCUUGAAAGCAUCCUGGAAAAACACGCCACCAAGCUGGGAUAAUUCGUCUGAUCCUUGUGGUUUUCCAUGGGAAGGAGUCGAGUGCACUGGUGCAAGGGUAACUGCACUAAAAUUAUCAAGCAUGGGCCUGAUAGGGGAAAUUAAUAGCUACAUUGGGGGUCUCACUGAACUGAACGGAUUAGUGUUGUCAUUCAACCGUGGACUCCAAGGUCCUCUUCCUCCCCAGUUAGGGGAUCUCAAAAAGUUAGAUAUGCUGAUCCUAGCUGGCUGCAGUUUCAGUAGCAGCAUUCCAGAGGAGUUGGGAAAUCUUGAACAGCUAUCUUUCUUGGCGCUGAAUACAAACAAGUUGACUGGUAGUAUACCUGCUUCUUUGGGUAAUCUCUCGAAACUGUACUGGCUGGACCUUGCAGAAAAUCAGUUGACAGGAACUAUCCCAGUGUCAAACGGGACAUCCCCAGGCUUGGAUCAACUAGCUAAUGCUAAACAUUUCCAUUUCAACAAGAACCAGCUUUCAGGUUCAAUUCCAGCCAAACUAUUCAGUGCUAAGAUGAUCCUGAUACAUGUGUUGUUUGAUGGAAACAAAUUGAGUGGGACUAUUCCAUCAACAAUAGGACUAGUUCAGACUCUUGAGGCUCUUCGGCUUGAUAGUAAUGAUCUGACGGGAACAGUUCCCGCAAGUAUUAGCAAUCUUAUGAAUGUCAAUGAACUGAAUUUGGCCUUCAACAAGUUGACAGGCCCUCUGCCGGACUUGACUGGAAUGAACUCCCUCAAUUAUGUAGACCUUAGUAACAACACAUUUGACCCAUCUGAAGCUCCGUUAUGGUUCUCAACCUUACCAUCACUAACCACUUUGGUUAUGGAAUUUGGAUCACUUCAGGGGCCUGUGCCAGAAAAGCUUUUCAGCCUUUCAGAUCUACAAGAAGUGAAACUGAAAUACAAUAAGCUUAACGGCACAUUAAACAUGGGAGAUAGCAUCAGUCUACAACUAGAGCUUGUUGAUCUCCAGAACAAUCAGAUUUCCCAGAUCACUGUUGAAGAAGAAUACAAAGAUGCAUUAAUGCUUAAAGGGAACCCAAUAUGCUCGGGUGGUCUAUCAAAUAGUACUUGGUGUAAAUAAAUUUGAAAAAGAGAGCAAGUGCACGAUUUCAAAUAAAGAGGCUGCUGCAACUACUUCCUUAGGAUUUU